GCCGCGCGCGCAGGGAAGAUGGCGGCGCCCAGCGCGGCGGGGCUGGGUCGGCGGCUGCGGGCCUGGCUGCCCCGGAUGGUGCCGGUGAGAUGGAGCCGCUACAACCCCAGCUACCUGGAGCCAGAAGUGAAAAAGGAAUCGUAUCAGAAACCUUUAGAGGAGCUGACUGAGGAGGAAAGGGAACAAAUGGAGCUUAAGGCUGUUCAACUAAUCAAAGCUGCUCCUCCCUCUCUCUCCAGUUCCGUGUUCAGCGACCCCAUGAUUAGUAAAUUCACCAAUAUGAUGAUGAAGAGUGGAAAUAAAGUGCUGGCCAGAAGCCUCAUGUCUCAGACUCUGGAGACCAUUAAGAGGAAGCAGCUGGAGAAGUACCACAAAGCUCCAGAAAAUGAGAAGGAGACAAUUGAAUGCAACCCCUACGUUAUCUUCCACCAGGCUCUCAAGAACUGCCAGCCCAUCAUUGGGCUCAGCAACAUCACCAAAGGAGGCAAAACCUACCAGGUGCCCGUCCCACUGACGGACAAUCGGAAGCGCUUCCUGGCCAUGAAGUGGUUGAUCACCGAGUGCAGGGAGAACAAGCACCGCCGGACAAUGAUGCCAGAAAAGCUCUCCCAGGAGCUGCUCCUGGCCUUCAACAACGAGGGGCCCGUCAUCAAGAGGAAGCACGUCCUGCACAAGAUGGCAGAGGCCAACCGGGCAUAUGCCCACUUCCGCUGGUGGUAGGGACCCUGCAUGGGACACGCUGCCACGGCCUGGAGAGCAGAGCCCCAGGGCUGCCAGCCUGGGAGAGGGAAAGGUGGAACAUCCCUUGCAGGCAGCUUCUGAUCUAACCCAGGGAAAGCUCACACGAUCCCCAUGAGGUUCUUUUUCUUUGUGCUUGUCUGGAUGGGGGAAGGGGGGGUCUGAGUUACCAGCCCCAGCAGGGAUGCUCCAGUUAUUUCAUAAUCACUUCCCUGUGAAGACAAGCCUUAGAUGUUUUUCUUACAGCAAUGCUAAACAAAAUCACCUUUCACUCACCUGUUUCCUGGGCAUCUGAAAGUCUCUCUGCUCCUCAAAUCAGCAAUGUUUUUGGCGACAGAGCUACGAGCAGAGCUGGAUCCUCUUCCACACCAUAACCAGCCUUAGAGGGAUUAGUACAACAGGCAAUAAAAGGCCCUUUUUGAUUUUUGGUUCUGGUCAUCAGCAACAUUGUCUGCACAGAUUUGAUGGGAAUGUUAAUAAAACCAGUUUUAUGGGAAAGGUUUCCCGAUUGCA